AUGGCUGAUGUUAUAGCCGACCAUGGACACAAUGUGACAUUAUUCCAACCAUUCCAUAUUGCUAUGAAAAACCUUGACGGGUUGGUUAAAAGCAAGAAUAUCGAGAUUAUCAACUACUAUCUGGAUCAUUAUGAAGAAUUAUUGAAAUCGGAAGCUGAUAACUUUUCAGUGUUGUGGGACUCGCAUCUUUUCAAUAAUCCAGUUCUCUCUUCUUUUACGAUGUCGAAAAUGUUCAUGGAAAAGUUCGAAAAAACUGAUACGCAGCUCUACUUGGAUACAAAUUUGCAUGCAGAAUUAAAGAGCAGAAAAUUCGAUGUGGCGAUUGCUGAGACAUUUGGAGCUGCUCCAUUUUAUGUCACAUUUAUCUGGAAAUAUGAAAAGGGUGACGCUGAAUUCGAAAAGAGGCUUCCCAAAAAUGUCCAUUUCAAAAAAUGGAUCCCUCAGCCUGCACUUCUAUCCGACAAGCGCAUGAAAGUAUUCGUGACUCAUGGAGGAUUAGGAAGUACAAUGGAAAUCGCAUACACUGGAAAACCUGCUCUGAUGGUUCCAAUUUUCGGAGAUCGAUAUCAAAUUGCAAGGAUGCUGGCGAGGCAUGGAGGAGCGGUGUCCCAAAUUUGA